CUUUAUCCUUUAUUUUUUAUUAAUUUUCCCGAAAAAAGUACGAGAGUGUCUUCAGCUGCGUUCGUAAGCGAAGAGGAGCCCUCCUCCCUCCCCCACCCCCCCCCCCCGACCCGGCGCUAAGGCGAACAGCGCCGCCUCCUGCUGCACGGUCUUGAAUGACACUAAUGCUUCAACGUACGACUCCCCUCUGCAUCACACCUGCCAGCACAGUUUUGCGAGCACGGACGGGAAUGACACAACCUGGAAGUAAAGCGGCGCCGCUCGACUACUAGACCACUCAACAAGUCGGUGGACUCCGACUGCAACGCUUCACCACCUCUGACUCUUUCUCCUUCUGUCUUCCUCUCUUAUCUCCCUCCGUCUUUCUGUCUUCUCUCCGUCUGUCUUUGUGUCUGUGCAGCUGUACAGCAGCAUGCCUGUAUGUUUGCCAGCAACACAAGCCGAAGCAUUAUGGAAGUGAAAGAGCGACGUCCCUACUGCUCGCUCACCAAGAGCCGGAAGGACAAGGAGGGACCGUACGCUGGCGACACUGAAGAUUGUGCUAUCGGCUCCCAGGGGCUCCGGGUCCCCACCCAGAAGUCCUACUCCUCCAGCGAAACGCUCAAGGCCUUUGACCAGCACCAAGACCAGACCAGGUUACUGUACGGGACGACCAAAGGACACAAGGACAUGGUUCACCGUGAACAGGAUGAUUACAACAGACAAGGUCAACACUUCAGCCUCCGUCAGCUGGGGAUCUGUGAGCCGCCGUCGCGCCGCGGCCUGGCGUUCUGCUCCGAGAUGGGCCUCCCCCACCGGGGCUUCUCCGUGGGCACGGGCCCGGACCUGGACGCCGACGGCCAGGCCGUGAUGUCCCCGGAGCGCGCCAUGCGUCUGUGGAGCCGCGGGGGUCUAGGUAAAUCUUCGGGGAGGAGUUCCUGCCUGUCCAGCCGCUCCAACUCUGUGCUGACUCUCACUGACACCGAGCAUGAGAACAAGUCAGAUAGCGACAAUGGUUCUCCCAUGCCUUCCCCCUCCUGUCCAUCAUCUGUCAUUGACCAAUCACAUCCACAGUCCGCUAAUCCACAUGACAACCCACUGUUAGGCGACGCCGCCCAGCCAGACUCAGAGGAGGAGGAAGAGGAGGGUGAGGAGGAGGAGGAGGAGGAAGAAGAGGAGGAAGAGGAGUACGCGGCUCGGUUGUACUUACCUGUAACACAUGAGCAACCCCCCAACCACCACGGCUCCAGCCUACCUCCUGUGCCCCCCCCUCACCGCCAGCAGCCCUCGGUGACGGCUCUCAACCAGGCCCUGGGCUCCACUCACCACGCUGGCCAUUCCCUGAAUUCAACGCGGCAGCUAACCCCUCCCACUGGAAGCCCGGCCCCCGUGGCCGGCCAAUCACCAGCCGAGCUGCAGACCACGCCCCCCGAGAGCGUCCCGCUGCAAGACAGCUGGGUGCUGGGUAGCAAUGUGCCUCUGGAAACCAGGCACUUCCUCUUCAAGACAGGUACAGGCACCACCCCCCUCUUCUCCACAGCCACCCCCGGCUACACCAUGGCCACAGGCUCGGUGUACUCGCCCCCAACCAGGCCGCUGCCCAGGAACACCCUGUCCCGCUCCGCCUUCAAGUUCAAGAAAUCCUCCAAGUACUGCUCAUGGAGGUGUACAGCUCUCAGCGCCGUCGGUCUGUCGGUGCUGCUCUCUGUCCUGCUCUGUUACUGCAUAGCUAUGCACCUGUUUGGGCUGAACUGGCAGCUCCAGGAGAGCGAGGGCUACGGAGCAUUUGAAAACGGAGGCGGGGGAAGAGAUACAACUCCGAACACCUUCAUGGUGUCAACAGACAAUGGUAAGAUGUUCCUUCUAGAGAACAACACCAUAGACACCGGGGAGGUGGACGUGGGGAGACGAGCCGUCCAGGACGUCCCGCCAGGUGUGUUUUGGAGGUCCCAGCUGUACAUUGACCAGCCACAGUUCCUGAAAUUCAACAUCUCCGUGCAGAAGGAUGCUCUGGUUGGAGUGUAUGGACGCAAAGGCCUUCCACCAUCACACACACAGUACGACUUCGUGGAGCUUCUCGACGGCAGCCGCCUCAUUUCCAAAGACAAACGCGCCCUCAGUGACGCAGACUCCGUUCACCCGAACCCGUCCGGCUCCAACGAGGACGAACCUGUGGGCGCCGCCCGACGAGCUCGGUCCAUCAACGUCCACGAGGCCGGAUUCAUCCAGUACCUGGACACGGGAAUCUGGCACCUGGCGUUUUACAACGACGGACGCAACACAGAGCAGGUCUCCUACAACACCAUCAUCAUAGAGUCGAUUAUGGAGUGUCCUCAGAAUUGUCAUGGAAACGGUGAUUGUCUCUCAGGAAUAUGCCACUGUUUCCCAGGAUUUCUGAGGCCCGACUGCUCUCGAGCUGCCUGUCCAGUGCUGUGCAGUGGUAACGGCCAGUACUCCCGCGGCCGCUGCCAGUGCUACAGCGGGUGGAAAGGCACCGAGUGCGACGUGCCCGCCAACCAGUGCAUCGACAUCCACUGCGGAGGGCACGGCAUCUGCAUCAUGGGCGCCUGCAUGUGCAACACCGGCUACAAGGGCGACAACUGUGAGGAAGUGGACUGCAUAGACCCCAGCUGCUCGGCCCACGGGGUUUGCAUCCAUGGCGAGUGCCACUGUCAGCCGGGCUGGGGCGGAUCCAGCUGUGAGAUCGCCAAGGCCAUGUGCCCGGACCAGUGCUCGGGCCACGGCACCUACAGCGCCGAGACCAACACCUGCACCUGCGACCAGAACUGGACCGGGAACGACUGCUCUCUGGAGGUGUGUGAAGUGGACUGCGGCAGCCACGGGGUGUGUUACGGCGGCGUGUGUCGCUGUGAGGAGGGCUGGACGGGGACGGUGUGCGACCAGAAGGCCUGUCACCCUCUCUGCAGCAAGAACGGAGUGUGCAAGGAGGGGAAGUGUGAGUGUGACCAAGGAUGGACCGGAGAGCACUGCAAUAUCGCUCACAAUCCGGACAUUAGAGUAAAAGGAUAUAAAGAGGGUUGCCCAGGUCUCUGCAACAACAACGGACGGUGCACCCUGGAGGCCAGCGGGUGGCACUGCAUCUGCCAGUCGGGGUGGCGAGGGGCCGGGUGUCACGUCGCCAUGGAAACGCUCUGUACCGACGGCAAGGACAACGAAGGAGACGGCUUGUCCGACUGCAUGGAUCCAGACUGCUGCCUGCAGCCGUCCUGUCAGAACCAGCUCUACUGCAAAGGGUCUCCGGACCCUCAGGACGUCCUCAGCCAGUCUCCGUCCUCCUUGGCUCCUCAGCAGGCUGCCAGGUCUUUCUACCAGCGUAUUCACUUCCUGGUUGGUCCUGAAUCUACUCACAUCAUCACCGGAGACAGUCCCUUCAAUAAAAGCCUGGUGUCGAUAAUUCGAGGUCAGGUCCUGACCGCAGACGGGACGCCUCUGAUUGGAGUCAACGUGACGUUUGUCCACUACCCCGAGCACGGAUACACGAUAACACGCAAGGACGGCAUGUUCGACCUCCUGGCCAACGGUGGAGCGUCGCUGACCCUGAGCUUCGAGCGCGCUCCGUUCCUCACGCAGUACCGGACCGUGUGGGUUCCCUGGAACGUCUUCUACGUCAUGGACACCCUGGUCAUGAAGAAGGAGGAGAAUGACAUCCCCAGCUGUGACCUGAGCAGCUUCAUCAGACCCAGUCCUGUCAUUGUCGCUUCGCCGCUGUCGACAUUUUACAGAGGUUCACCCGAGGACGGCCCCAUCAUUCCUGAAACACAGGUUUUACAAGAAGAAACGUCCAUUCCAGGAAGUGACCUGAACCUGGUCUACCUGAGCUCCAGGGCGGCUGGAUACAAACCAGUCCUCAAAGUGACCAUGACGCAGUCGUCAAUACCGUUCAAUCUGAUGAAGGUUCACCUCAUGGUGGCGGUGGUGGGACGACUCUUCCAGAAAUGGUUUCCUGCUCAGCCGAAUCUGUCGUACACCUUCAUCUGGGACAAGACCGACGCCUACGGCCAGCGCGUCUACGGGCUGUCGGAAGCAGUUGUGUCGGUGGGCUUUGAAUACGAGUCCUGCCUGGACCUCAUCCUGUGGGAGAAGAGGACGGCCAUUUUACAAGGCUACGAGCUGGACGCGUCCAACAUGGGAGGAUGGAUGCUGGACAGACACCACAUCCUGGACGUACAGAACGGUAUUCUCUACAAGGGUAACGGUGAGAACAUCUUCAUCUCCCAACAGCCCUCGGUCAUCAGCAGCAUCAUGGGAAACGGUCGUCGCCGGAGCAUCUCCUGCCCCAGCUGCAACGGGCAGGCGGAGGGCAACAAGCUGCUGGCCCCCCUGGCCCUGGCCUGUGGAGCAGAUGGCAGCAUUUUCAUCGGAGACUUCAACUACAUCAGGAGGAUCUUCCCCUCUGGGAAUGUCACCAGUGUCAUGGAGCUGAGAAACAAAGAUUUCAGACAUAGCAACAACCCCGCUCACCGCUACUAUCUGGCCACGGACCCGGUGACGGGCCAGCUGUACGUGUCCGACACCAACUCACGACGGAUCUACCGACCCAAGAUGCUCAGCGGCGCCCGCGACCUCAUCGCGAAUGGAGAAGUAGUGGCCGGCACAGGUGAGCAGUGUCCUCCAUUCGAUGAAGCACGAUGUGGAGAUGGAAGAAAAGCAACAGAGGCUCAGCUACUGGGACCAAAAGGGAUUGCGGUCGAUAAAAACGGGCUGAUCUACUUCGUGGACGGAACGAUGAUCAGGAAGGUGGAUCGUAACGGGAUCAUCUCCACGGUGCUGGGCAGCAACGACCUGACCUCGGCACGCCCCCUCACCUGUGACACCAGCAUGCACAUCAGACAGGUUCGGUUAGAAUGGCCCACGGACCUGGCCAUCAAUCCCAUGGAUAACUCCAUCUAUGUCCUGGACAACAACGUUGUGCUGCAGAUAACGGAGAACAGACAGGUCCGUAUCGUAGCAGGACGUCCCAUGCACUGCCAGGUCCCUGGUAUAGAAUACACCAUGGGGAAGAGGGCCGUCCAGACCAUGUUAGAGGGGGCUACAGCCAUCGCCUUGUCCUACAGCGGCAUCCUCUACAUCGCAGAGACAGACGAGAAGAAAAUCCACCGCAUUCGACAGGUGUCAACCGAUGGAGAAAUUACCCAUCUAGCCGGAGCAACGUCAGACUGCGACUGCAAGAACGAUGCCAACUGUGACUGCUACCAAACAGGAGACGGCUACGCUAAAGACGCUAGGCUUAACUGUCCCUCCUCUCUGGUGGUGUCUCCAGACGGGACGCUGUACGUGGCCGACCUCGGCAACAUUCGUAUCCGAGCCAUUCGACGCAACCAACCACCUACUGGAUCUCUGGCUUCAGGACCCAGCUCUUAUGAAGUGGCUUCUCCAGCUUCUCAGGAGCUCUACGUGUUUGAUGCCAACGGGACCCACCAGUUCACCAUGUCUCUGGUCACUGGAGACUAUAAAUACAACUUCAGCUACAGCAACGAGGAGGACGUAACCGCGGUGACGGACAGCAGCGGGAACACGCUCCGCAUCCGUAGAGACACCAACAGGAUGCCGGUACGCGUGGUCUCCCCGGACAACCAGGUCAUCUGGCUCACCAUCGGGACUAAUGGAGGUCUGAAGACCCUCACGGCUCAGGGCCAGGAACUGGUCCUCUUUAGUUACCACGGCAACAGCGGCCUGCUCGCCACCAAGAGCAUCCAGAUCGGCUGGACCACCUUCUACGACUAUGACAGCGAGGGUCGUCUGACUAACGUGACGUUCCCCACCGGCGUGGUGACCAAUCUCCACGGCGACAUGUCGUCCGGGGCCGUCGCCGUGGACAUCGAGACGUCCGGGAGGGAUGAGGACGUUUCCAUAACAACCAACCUGUCAUCCGUAGACUCCUUUUACACUUUGGUGCAAGACCAGCUUCGUAACAGCUACCAGGUGGGAAACGACCACUCGCUGAGGGUCAUCUACGCCAACGGGAUGGACACUCACUACCAGACAGAGCCCCACAUACUGGCAGGUGCUGCCAACCCAACUGUGGCCCGGCGUAACAUGACCCUGCCGGGAGAGAACGGCCAGAACCUGGUGGAAUGGAGAUUCAGGAAGGAGCAGACUCGAGGAAAAGUCACCGUCUUUGGGAGAAAACUCAGGGUGAACGGCAGGAACUUACUCUCUGUGGAUUACGACCGAGCGCUGCGCACGGAGAAGAUCUACGACGACCACAGGAAGUUCCUGCUGAAGAUCAUCUAUGACACCCAGGGCCACCCGACACUCUGGGUUCCAAGCAGCAAACUCCUGCUCUCCGUCAACCUGACCUACUCCAGUACGGGACAGGUGACCGGUCUCCAGAGGGGUCCAACCACAGAGAAGUGGGAGUACGACAGUCAGGGAAGAAUCAUCUCCAGAGUCUUUGCUGACGGGAAGACGUGGAGCUACACUUAUCUCGAUAAGUCCAUGGUGCUGCUGCUGCACAGCCAGCAUCAGUACAUCUUUGACUACGACUCAGGGGACCGUCUGUCAGCCGUCACCAUGCCCAGCGUGGCCCGACACACCAUGCAGACCAUCCGCUCCAUAGGCUACUACAGGAACAUCUACACCCCCCCAGAGAGCAACGCCUCCGUCACCGUGGACUAUUCUGAGGACGGACAGCUCCUCAGAGUGGCUCAUCUAGGAACUGGUCGGCGGAUACUGUACAAAUACCGCAGACAGAACAAGUUGGCAGAAAUCCUUUACGACUCGACGCGGGUCAGCUUCACCUACGACGAGACGGCCGGCGUCCUCAAGACGGUCAACCUGCAGAGCGAAGGCUUCAUCUGCUCCAUCCGCUACCGUCAGAUCGGCCCGCUGGUCGACCGGCAGAUAUUCCGCUUCAGCGAGGACGGGAUGGUGAACGCUCGUUUCGACUACACCUACGACAACAGCUUCAGGGUGACCAGCAUGCAGGCGGUUAUUAACGAGACGCCGCUGCCCAUCGACCUCUACCAGUAUGACGACAUAUCUGGGAAGGUGGAGCAGUUUGGGAAGUUUGGAGUCAUCUACUACGACAUCAACCAGAUCAUCUCCACGGCCGUCAUGACCUACACCAAACACUUUGACCAGCACGGCCGCAUCAAGGAGAUCCAGUACGAAAUUUUCCGGUCUCUGAUGUACUGGAUCACCAUCCAGUACGACAACAUGGGCCGAGUCACCAAGCGCGAGAUCAAGAUCGGACCGUUCGCCAACACGACCAAAUACGGCUACGAGUACGACGUGGACGGACAGCUGCAGACGGUGUCCCUCAACGAGAAGAUGAUGUGGAGAUACAACUACGACCUGAAUGGGAACCUGCAUCUGCUGAACCCUGGGAACAGCGGCCGGUUGACUCCUUUACGCUACGACCUGAGGGACAGAAUCACUCGUCUGGGAGACGUCCAGUACCGGCUGGAUGAAGACGGCUUCCUGAGACAGAGAGGAGCCGAGAUAUUUGAAUACAACUCAAAAGGUCUUCUAGUUCGUGUGUACAGUAAAGCCUCCAGCUGGACCAUCCAGUACCGCUAUGAUGGCCUGGGUCGACGCGUGGCCUCCAGAAACAGUCUAGGCCAACACCUGCAGUUCUUCUACGCCGACCUUAACUACCCCACCAGGAUCACCCACGUCUACAACCACUCCAGCUCCGAGAUCACGUCCUUCUACUACGACUUGCAGGGUCAUGUGUUUGCCAUGGAGAUCAGCAGUGGGGAGGAGUUUUACAUCGCAUGUGAUAACACCGGGACUCCUCUCGCUGUCUUCAGUAACAAUGGACUCCUCCUCAAACAGGUGCAGUACACUGCGUACGGUGAGGUGUACUUUGACUCCAACCCUGACUUCGUGCUGGUGAUCGGUUUCCACGGAGGUUUGUACGACCCUCUGACACGACUGCUGCAUUUUGGAGACAGAGAUUACGACAUCCCUGCAGGGAGGUGGACGACUCCUGACAUCAGCACGUGGACACGUGUCGGCAAAGACCCUCGACCCUUCAACCUGUACAUGUUCAGAGGCAACAACCCCAUCAGCAAGAUCCACCAGGUCAAAGAAUACGUCACAGAUGUCAACAUCUGGUUGGUCACAUUUGGAUUUCAUCUCCACAACGCGAUCCCUGGGUUCCCCAUCCCCAAGUUUGACCUGACGCAGCCUUCACUGGAGAUGAAAAAGAGUCAGCUCUGGGAUGACCUGCCUUCCAUCUCCGGCGUCCAGCAGGAGGUGACCCGUCAGUCUCAGGCCUUCCUCUCCUUCGAGCGUAUGCCAGAGAUCCAGCUGAGCCGGCGUCAUUCGGACCACACCAAGCCCUGGCUCUGGUUCUCCACCGUCAGGUCCCUGAUCGGGAAGGGGGUGAUGCUCGCCGUGAUCCAGGGCCGCGUGGUGACCAACGCCCUGAACAUUGCCAACGAGGACUGCAUCAAAGUGGCAGCGGUCCUAAACAACGCCUUCUACCUGGAGGACCUGCAUUUCACAGUGGAGGGGCGAGACACCCACUACUUCAUCAAGACCAGCCUCCCAGAGAACGACCUGAGCGCCCUGCGCCUCACCUCGGGCAGGAAGUCUCUGGAGAAUGGCGUCAACGUCACCGUGUCCCAGUCCACCACCGUCAUGAACGGGCGGACGAGGCGCUUCGCCGACGUGGAGCUGCAGUACGGCGCCCUGGCCCUGCACGUGCGCUACGGGACCACGCUGGACGAAGAGAAGGCGCGAAUCCUGGAGCAGGCCAGGCAGAGGGCGCUGUCGAGCGCCUGGGCCCGAGAGCAGCAGCGGGUCAGAGACGGAGAGGAAGGAAUCCGGCUGUGGACGGAGGGAGAGAAAAGGCAGCUGCUGAGCAGCGGGAAGGUUUUGGGCUACGACGGCUACUACGUCCUGUCCAUAGAGCAGUACCCCGAGCUAGCCGACAGCGCUAACAACGUCCAGUUUCUACGGCAGAGUGAAAUAGGGAGGAGGUAACACGUCCAACCGCUCCACCCACAGACUGAGAAAUAACCAACAACAAUGGAUGUCACAAACUGAACUGUGUUAAGACUGAAAACCACUGAAAAGGCCCCACGAUCGCAAACUAGUCUUCACGUUGUAGGAUUUCUAGACGUAACCAUGGAGAUGUAACAAUCACUCGAUGGAAACUCACCUGAGACGUGAAGCUCCAGGUGUGACCGAUGCCUUUUCUCUCUUUUUCUAGCUCUUUUUCUUUUCUGUCUUUCACUCUAUUGUCUGCCUUCAAACAGCCUGCACGCAUGCCCCUCCCCCUUUCUCUUGUAGGCGGGGCUAAGCUGACUGCUCUACCUGUGUGCUACCUAGCUGUCAAACAGUGGGAUGUAGAGACUCUGUAGAGCCCAGGCGUGUCCGGAUGCUCCUCCUCGUCUCUAGACCUCGGUCCGUAGGAUCUAUCGUCUCCACGGAAACCAGUGGAUCUGUUGUGGAACUGUUGUGGACUCUCUGAGAGACACAGACACAAAAAAUAAUAAUAAUAAUAAUAAUAAUAAUAAUGAUAAAAACAAAGAAGAAGAACUACAGUUUGUAUGAAGGUUAUAAAACAAACAAAAAAUAAUAAUAAGAGACUGUUUUUUCUGUUUGGACUUUUAGUUUUGUUUUUAUAUAUAAGAUUGCAUUUGCUUCAGAGAAAAAGGGGAUAUAAAAAACAAACAAAAAAGUGUUUACAUACUCUUACCUAUACCACUGUUACUAUUAGCACCACGCCACCGUCACCGGAGCCGACCGACCGACCACAUCCCAACCAGACAGAACUUUUGAUUUGUGUUUUUGUUUCUGAAACCACUCCUCCUCCUCCUCCUCCUCCUCCUCCUCCUCUUCUUCAUUGUCCCCUGAGCUUUUUACAAGGUCGAUAAACUCUCAGUCCUAUGGCUGUGUCCGACUCCACGUGGACGUACUCCUCUGUUUGUGGACCCAGGAGAACUUCACUUCUGCAAGAUGUGACUCAGCCUCAUAACGCAUAGACCUUGUGCUUUUAUCGGUCAAAGGUAGUAGUGAUGCUUGCAAUAGAAACAUGUUGUCAUGGCUUUGGGUGGGUGGGAUGGGGGGGUAAUGGGGGUGGGGUGGUGGGCGGGCUGUGAGUAGUAACCAAUCGUUGCUUCUCUUCUUUGUUUUUGCUUGUUUCUCCUUAAAGGGACAGUGCGUCUCCAUCAGUGACAUUACCGAGUACCAGUACUAGAUCAAAGAUCGAUGUGGAUGUUUCUUCUCAUUGAUUGUGGGUCUCUGUGCUCUUCUACAGGAGUUUUUUUUCUUUGUGUGUACGUGUGUUUACAAGAAGAGCUGGAGGGUUAAUCAUUUCAAAAAAAAGAAAAACUACAAAAAAAGAAGAAGAAGUGAACGAGCAGGAACUUUACAGAGAGAUAACAUCAUACGCUACCAGUCUUUUUUCAGAGAGACGAGCUGACAAUGUUUUAAUGGGUUUAUCUUUUUUUGUUGCUUUGUUUUCAAGGUUGAGAAAUUCCACUUAUCCGUACAUCAAUAUUAGUCUCAGAGAAAGUAAUUUAUGUACAGUGUUUCUACGGUAAAGAAUAAAAAUCCUUGAAACUAG